GCGCGCGCCCCGGAGGAGGAGCGUCACACAGGAAAACGCGCGCGCCGCAGAUUCUCUCUUCAGACAAAAACGCGGAUCAUAUUCAGACUCAGACUCAGAUAUGGACCUGCUUCGGCUCUGGCGCGCGUUUACUCUCAUUUAUUUGCCGUUUUUAUGCAGCGCUAUUGAUUUUAAGACGCGGAAGGGACCGCAAGUAACGGACAAGGUGUUUUUUGACAUCACUGUCGGAGGACACGAGGUUGGCAGGAUCGUGAUUGGUCUGUUCGGAGAACUCGCUCCUCUCACCGUGCAGAACUUCCUGACUCUCGCCACAGGAGAGAAGGGUUACGGGUAUAAAGACAGCAAGUUCCAUCGUGUGAUCAAGGACUUCAUGAUCCAAGGAGGAGAUUUCACAUCCGGCGACGGAACCGGGGGGAAGAGCAUCUACGGGAGCACGUUUGCGGACGAGAGCUUCCGGCUCCGGCAUCUGGGCGCCGGCUGGGUCAGCAUGGCGAACGCCGGGCCCGACACCAACGGCUCGCAGUUCUUCAUCACGCUAGCCCGAGCGCCGUGGCUCGACGGGAAACACGUGGUGUUCGGGAAAGUCCUGGAGGGGAUGGCUGUGGUUCACACCAUUGAACUCCAGGACACGAACGAGCGUAACCUGCCCUACACCGAGUGUGUGAUCGUCAACAGUGGGAAGAUCGAGGUGAAGGAUCCGCUCGUGGUGGAAGUGGAGGGAUGGUGAACAUGACUGAUCACACACACACACACACACACACACACUUCAUCUUCAUAUCCGUGUUGUGCUCGUUAGGUCCUCCUCUUAAACUCUAUGCACUGUGAGUGUCAUGUGAUCGCCACUGUACACCUGUUCGAUUAUAACCUGUGUAUUAAUAACUGCACGUGCCAUAAGAGACACAUACUUGAAUUCUGUUCCAAAUGUUGAUGAUUUAAAUUAUGACUUUGAACUUUGUUUCCAAUGACCUUUAGGAACACAAAUAACAGUCUCUGUUUCAAUAAAGUCUAUUUAAAUUGA